GGCGGGAAAGUUUGAAUCACAGUUGUUUGCCAGCGCUUUCUCUACGGUGGCGUCGCCGGCCCUUGUCACUGCUGCUGCUCUAGCUACACAGGCCUGACGGACGCGUCGGACAGAACACUCUCCCAGUGGCCUUAGGCCUCCGCGGUUGUGAUUGUUUCAUCGAGAAACAUCACUUGUUGGUAAUUUGUUAAAUUCGAGAGAAAUUCCUCGAGAAGCAGUCAUGGACUGGCGCUGCGGUCGGAGCCUUUCGGCAAGUUAAAGUGCAAGGGCCGUUGAUUGGCUUCGUUUCCACGACUUUUCAGCUCGGAACUGCUGUGCUUUGCCGGGGAAGGACAUUUGACCCAUCACAAUAGCGAUGGCGGCUGAAGUGCGAAUGGUGCUUUAUGAAGACGAUGCAGUGCAAGUACAGUAUGUGGACGGUUCCAGACUGCAGCUCUCUCCCUGUGGCUCUGAAUUUGUGUUUGAAAAGGCACCUCCUGUUUCAGCACAUCCUUUAGAACAACCAGAAAGAAUUCGUCAAAGGACACACUUUGUUAUUAGCACUUACCGAGAACAACUACAGCGAGCCCUAGAUUUUCGAAACUCUUUCGCCACUUGCCCUUUUUUAUCUGAAAACAUCAUACCUUCUGAAAGAAAAAAGCAUGUCCUCCUCGACAUCUCGGAAGUGAGGUGGCCCAGUCCUGAUACCGAUGACAGCACGGCGUGGCUGCAGGGUGGCACCGUGAAAGUGGCCUCUUUAGAUGGCCACGCCUACCUCUGCCUGCCCGCAUCUCAGCAUGAAUUCACUGUGCAUUUUCUGUGUAAAGUAAGCCAGAAGCCAGACUCAUCUAUAGUAUUGUCAGAAAAAAAAAGUCAAGCCAAGAAAGAUAAACUGGUGGAAAAAGCAGGCAAAACCCUUGCAUGUGGAAACUUACCAGGACAGAGACUGAAGAAUAAAGACAAUGAACUUCACUGUGAGAUCAUGAAAGCCAAAGGACCUUCGGAGAAGGAGCAUUGUGGGAAUGGAACCGAGGGGGAGGAGGCGCUGCCUCCUCCUGGCCCAAAGCACACGUGUGUGCACGCGUGGGUGGAGCAGCGCUGGCCUGUGGCCUCCUGUCCAGAGGAGUGGAAGUACCCUCUGUCUUUAGCACUUCGUUUUCAUGAUAAAAUACACAGUUUGUCCGGAACUGAUGUAGCUGUCACCCAGAAUGCAACUUUAACUUCUGAUGUUUCGGAGGAAAGAGGAAAAGAGGUUUCUGUACUUUCCAGGGCCCUGCCACUCAGCUGCCCUGUGCCACACCUGCACAGGUGGAGUUUUUCUGAUUCACUCUCGCCGGGACAGUCUGAUGAAGAGCAGGCCUAUCCUGAACUAGUGAAAGUGGUGUGGUUCAAGGGUAUUACGUACAGACUUACCCAUAAAAAUGUGAACUCAAUAGAGAUUUAUCCUGGAGAUGGAUCUGUUUUCAAAUCAGAAGGAGCUUAUUUUGGGAACUUUUUUACAUAUUACUCCACUCGGGAAGGAUCAGAAGAGAGAGAAGAGAAAAUGUAUUCAGUAAAUAACCUUCCUCCAGAUAGACCAGGAAGUCUGUUCUCCGUGCGUUCUCUAAUCAAACAGGCAACCAGGUCCCUGGGAUAAAGGAUAACAAUAUACUGCCUUUGCUUUUGAGAGAAUCAUUCAUACCCAG